AUGGUUGUAUCAUUGCCCGUGGCUGCGUCGAACUCACAGCAUCCGCAAGAUGUCCCUAAGGAAGAAGAGUCGAUCUUAAACUACCUGUUAGGGGUAAGAAACCUAUUGGGUCAAUUGAAGCAAAAUAGGAGACAAUACCUGAACUCUAAGGAAGUGCAGAACAUUUAUCAACAAGUCUUGACAAAAGUGAGAGAACUAGACCAAAUAAGAAAGAGUAAUCAUGAUACGCCUUCUAAUAGUGCUACUACCCUGAUUCACAGCACUGAGUUGCACAAUAGAGUGGAUUCUGUUCUAGAUGACGUUUUUCAAUUGUUGUCUUUGUGUUUCUUGACUGUUGGUUUGAAAAACUCUGCACCUGCAACCUAUGCUUCUUUAUCUACUGUGCAAAGGCUAUUGGAACAUUUGAACGAAUCGAAUGUUUUUACGCAGCAUGAUUUGAGACCUAUUAGAGAGAGACUGCUGGAGAUUUCAAAGAUUGUUGAGAACAGUUCGUACAAGAACGAGGUGUCCGGUGAUAAUUUGGAAGACAUAGAUGAAAAAUUGCCCGAGGCAGAUCGUAAAUUCUAUGAGGAGAGGAACAAGAACAAGAUAGAGGAAGAUUUACUGUUGAGGGCCAAAUUGCAGCAUUGUCUGGAUGAAUACCACAGCACAGAGUCCAAGGUCGAGGAAAUUGAUCCACAUUUGACUACUAUCAUGGAGAAACUAUUUGAGAUAAGAAGGGGGUUGCUUUCACUGGCAGCAUCUUCAAAGAGAUCAAACCCUUCUUUGGAAAAGAGUCCUUUAUCUCAGGAACAUGUGCAUGAGCAAGUCGAGAAACUGGAAAGUCAAUUGACCGAAUUGGAAUCCCACCGUGACGAAAAUGGUAAAUUCAAAUCUUUGGAGACUGACAAGGUAGAAGAUAAAGGUCAAAACGUUCUAAAUGGUCUUCUAGACGAUUGCCACGAUCUCAUUAGCGAUUUGUCCCACCAAAAGAAUGGUGGGAUCGAAUUGGAUGCCAAAUUGCAGCCCAUUUACGAGCAAUUGAUCGAUAUAAAGACCAGCCUCGAAAAUUUGUUGGUCACUAGAAGGUGGACCUUGAGAGAGACUGACCUUUUCACAUUUCAAAAACAGUUGAGUGAGAUCGAUAGCCUAAGAGUCCACGGUAAAUUCCCCACCGACUCGGGUACUUCAAAGGGCCAAUCAAUUCUUCUCUAUCUGCUGCGUAGAUGUUUUGCGAUCAUCUAUAAGCUGUUGGAGAGUUCCGAACCGGUUUCCGAGUCCCUACAACCAAUUCACAAUCAGCUAUCGACAGUGCGCCGUUGUCUACUAGAAUUGAAGAGAAUGGGUGGUGUCAAUAACGAUAGAGAAUUGUACCCCUACCAGAUGAAAUUGGCCUCUCUCGACGACCUGCGUACGGAUGGUAAAUUCUACGACUCAGACGGUAAUAUACCAGAGGGACAAGGUACAUUGAACGCUCUUCUCGCUGAGUGCUUCGAUAUCGUACACGAAUUAAAGAUCGAAGCUCAGGAACGUGCAGAGACUGAAUCUGCUCAACAAUCAGAGGCCGAACAAGAUGAUGGUCUCGUUAACGAUACAGAUAACGAUAACGACGGAGACCAACCGGUAGCGAGAUAUUUGGAUGUACACAACCAAUACUCAAACGACGACGAUGAGGACGAAGAAGAAGAAGAUGGUGAAGAAGCUAGUUUAACCAACGCCAGUGAGCACAGCUACGUGGAUGAAGAGGAAAAUGACUAUCAUAUACCAGCCAAGGCCCAUCAUUGA